UCAUAUUCAUCAGUGAUUUCUGACUUUUUCUGUGUUGUACUGCAGCUACUGAAGUCUGAGCUGAAUGAUAUUCAGCCGAAGGUGGAUUUAGUACAUGAUCAAGCUGCAGAGCUAAUGAUGAACCGUGGUAAUGAAUGCAAGAAGAUAGUCGAACCCAAGCUGUCUGAACUUGAUCAACGAUUUACUCCAAUAUCACAAAGAAUUAAAACAGUAAAGCCUAUGGUUUCUUCCAAAGAGCUGGAACAGUUUCAUUCUGAUAUCCAGAAAUUGCUUGAACCACUGGAGGCUGAAAUUCGACUUGGAGUGAAUCUCACUGAAGAAGACUUCAAUAAAGAUACGAGUGAAGACAAUGAUGGUCAAGUGAAGGAACUGCUGCAAAGAGGGAAUAACCUUCAGCUAAAAAUUUCAGAUGACAAAAAGAGGGAAGAAAUCAAACUGAAACAGCAGCUAUUACAAACGAAACAUAACACUCUCAAGGAUUUGAGAUCACAAAGAAGGAAAAAGGCUUUGGAGAUUUCCCAUCAGUGGUAUCAAUACAAAAGACAAUCUGACGAUUUAUUGAAAUGUUUGGAUGAUAUUGAGAAGAAAAUCGCUAGUCUUCCAGAACCCAAAGAUGAGCAGAAGCUUAAGGAGAUUGAUGGAGAAUUGGAGAAGAAGAAAGAAGAACUGAAUGCAGUACACAGACAAGCUGAACGUUUGUCUAAGGAUGGGGCUGCCAAAGCAGUGGAGCCAACCCUGAUCCAUCUUAACAAACGCUGG